AUGGAGACCUCAGGUGACGGAUCUGAAGAGCGCGGGCCGGAUCCUACUGUAGAGCCGGUAGCUCCAGGAGUGCAGCUGGACCAGGCUGAGCUGGAGGUGGAGGCCCGAGGUACGGGAGAGCAAUUGAGGAUGGCUGAGGAUGAGGUCCUCGAGCCGCCUUAUGGCGAACCGGAACCCGUGGAGCCGAACCCGGCAGAUGUAAGCCCUGGACCAGCAGAGGGAGCACAACCGGAAGCGGAUGAAGGGGAACCACGUGGUGAGGAGACCCUGGCAUCCUUGAGACACCCGGAGACGGUGUCUGCGGCCCCCGUGGAGGAGUCGCCGGAAUCCUGGGGACACUCGGAAUCGAGGCAGUCUGAAGAGUCCUCUAGACUUCAGCAGUUGACGAGCGUGUUGGAGACCCUGGUUCAGGGGCAGCAAGCCUUGAACAACCGGCUGGAGAGAGUGGAGGAGGUCCGUUCCAGCCACUCGUGGAGAUCUGCGGAGUCUUCACAAGGGUUGGGAUGGGUCGACCAGACUGCGUUGGAUAGGUGGUAUACGGAGGCAACAGCUCGCGCUGCUGCCUCCGGCCACCGGGAUGCGAGCAUGUACAUAGCAGGCCGCCUGGAUGGUGGACAUCGAGGCCUGAAGUCUGAGGCACAGGCGUUGCAGGAUCGUGCAGCACAGCAGAGGUCUGAAGCCCAGGCGUUGCAGGAUCGCGCAUCGCAGCAGAGGUCCGAGGCACAGGCAUUGCAAGAUCGUGCAUUGCAGCAGAGGUCUGAGGCACAGGGUGUAGGGCGUAAGCGAGGGGUUGAGGAAGCCAAGUUGGCCGGGGGAGGAUCGGAAUCGAGUGCGGCUGUGAGCACUGCGACCAAGGCUACCCUCAGUGUCGGAGGCGACAGCUCUGUGACUGAAGAGCUGGUUGGAGCCACGGUGGCGCCGACUCCCCAGCCCACCUUACCGUCUGGCACCAAGCUUCAGGUCAGGAUUGAUGGCCAAUUGCGUGAUGUUGUGGUGAAUGAGAAUGGAGGGUUGGAGACUGGCCCAGCGCAGUAUUACAUUGGAAGUCUUCGAAACGCCUCGCCACCAGGGACUAGGAGUAGCAGUGGGGAACACCCGUCCCUGCAGGAGCCGAGUCGCCACAUCACUGAGCUCCCGGCCUCGGCGGAGCCACGACAGCGCUCUCAGGGCGCCGUCCUUGCAGGCGAUUGGCUAGCAGCUGUGGCGCCGUUGAUGAGGCAGCUCUCUUCGAGUGCCCAGACGUGGUGGGCACAGAAUCUAAGGGAGGCAGAGGACCACUAUGAACGGUGGCUCCGCGCGACGCCCCAGCAACGGUUGCAGGUGAAGGCGUCGGCGAUGGCGAAGAGCUUUGAUGCCGGAAAGUACUGCUUAGUGGAGCAGAGGGGGGUGCAACUCCUUCUGAAAGCAGUCCCCGAUAGCUUUCGGACAGACCUGAUUGCGACGCGGACGCUGGCGGUCAAUGCCAUCAUCUUCGCCAUCCUGUGUCGGUGGCAGCCUGGAGGCAAGUUGGAGCGUGCACAGGUAUUGGAUUACCUGGUUCAUCCGGAGGCUUCGAGCUCAGUGGAAGAGACGGUGGAGGGCAUCAGGAAAUGGAGACGCAUGGUGCUGAGAGCGAGCGAGCUCGGGGCAGUCCUUCCGGACUCGAGUCUGCUGCUAAAAGGGCUCGACUCGUUGACCCAACCGGGGUUGGGGGACCAUCCAGUCGUGUCCUUCCGGGUGGCUGCGUACCGGAAUGAGUCUGGGGUUGAUUUUGCCCCCACACAGGCCAAGGUUGCGGAGCUGGCGGAAUACCUCCUGGCCGAGUACGAGGCCCUCUCCAUCCAAGAAGACCCUCGGGCACAAGGACCCAAGCGACCCCGUGCCGCAACAGCCAAGGCUGCCGCCGCAAAGGUGGAGGCGAAGGCAGGCCGCCUCGGUUGGUGCUGGUGA